GUGCGUGCUGCAUUUGCUGACACAGUGCCGCUACGAUCAGUACACAACAGAAGUAAAAGUAAUUCGCGCACAUAAGAUUAUAUAUACAACGCUGCGAACUGUUUUUAUAAUUGAUAUCACGACCGUGGACUCUGUGUUCUUGGAGUUUGCUCGCGCGUGAGCCGUCCCACCCUCGACAAACCUCGUUUACCGUGUUCGUUCGUCGGCUUCCCGCGCGACAAAAGCAAUCGCUGCCGGGCCGCGUCGAGGUCCCAGAGCUGCGUCCUCGUGCUGCAAACGCGAGAGCGUUCCAAGUCAGAUAUCUGCCUUAAUAAUUUUAAGAUUUUACAACUAAACAUUUAAUUUGCUGUUUCCAGCAAAAUAUCACUUUAAAAGCUAGAAAGUAAAAAAAUGGUCAUGGAGGCAUCUCCUUCUCCACAGAGUGUAGGUCGUGAGUUUGUUCGACAAUAUUACACUUUGCUAAAUCAAGCUCCUGCUCAUCUUCAUAGGUUCUACAAUCAACAUUCUUCCUUUGUGCAUGGCGGAUUGGAUUCAAAUCGAGAAUGCAUUCCGGCAAUUGGUCAAAAACAGAUACAUCAGAAGAUUCAACAACUGAACUUUCGUGAUUGUCACGCCAAAAUAAGUCAAGUUGAUUCUCAGCUCACUCUGGAAAAUGGGGUUGUUGUCCAGGUAUCCGGAGAAUUGUCCAAUGCCGGACAACCAAUGCGUCGGUUCACGCAAACUUUCGUGUUGGCGGUACAAGCACCUAAAACUUACUAUGUGCACAACGAUAUCUUCCGCUAUCAAGACUUGAUAUUUCCCGAGGAGGAUGAGGCUGACGUGAGCGGCGGGGAUGUCGGUGAGAGCGGCGAGAGAGAAGUUGAGGAAAUUGGUCGAUCCGAACCUGAAGAAGAUGAACAUCAGACUCAGGCGCAACAAUUAUCGGCUCCUACUCAAACGUCUGAGCAGCAAGCUCAACCGCCUCUCAUUCCGGCACAGCAGCCUCCGCUUCAGCAACAACAGCCGAUGUAUUACGCUGCACCUCCACAGCCACAUGUUCAUCCGGUAAUGCAGCAAGUUUUGAAUGGAACGGUACACGAAGAGGUGAUCAAUCAGCAACCGCCCCAGCAGCAACAACAACCACCGCCGCCGCCUCCUGCCCAGCAGCAUCCGUACAUAACUGAACCAACUACACAGACUCAAUUUGUGCAAGAAGCAGAAUUGAGCAAUGGUGAGCAGCAACAGCAGCAAAAUCAACAACUUGAAAAUGAACCGCAAACUCAGACAGAGGAAAGGAAUGACCAGCCUGAAGCAGAAGCGUUUACUGCGUCCGCGCAGGAGGUUGAACCCGAGCAUCAGGUUUCGAAUACUACUGUCAACAAUAGUGGACCCAAGACAUAUGCUAACUUAGUAAAGUCUUUCCCAAGCACUAACAGUGCUACUAGCCCUCAAGCUCCUAAACUAUCCAUGUCUCCGCCACCUAUGACGAAUUUACGCUUGGAUGACAGAUCGCCAUUGCAUCCUACAAAUAACGUACCGACUGUAUCUGUAUCUGUUUCCAAUAAUGUACCCGCAGUUCAACAACAGGUGCAUCGCGUGGGCGGAAAUCAACAGCCACAGCAACAACAACAUCCCCAGCAGCAACGUGGUCUAAGAGGAGGACUAGUACAAAGAGAUGGGGAACGUCGUGGCACAAGACCAGGGCAAUACAGUGACGCUCAUCAACUUUUCUUGGGUAAUUUACCGCACAACGCUUCCGAGAAUGAUUUGCGUCAAGUAUUCGAGCGUUAUGGUAGAGUCGCUGAAUUGCGCGUGCAUAGUAAAUCAAACGACAGAUGCAAGGGUCCUCAAGGCGGAAACAAUACUGCGCGAGUGCCUAAUUAUGGAUUUAUCACGUUUGAAGAUCAACAAGUUGUGACAAAGGUGUUGAACUCUUUGCCUAUCUAUUAUCCUGAUGAAAGUGGACAAAAAUUGAAUGUGGAGGAAAAGAAGGUGAGGCCUAGGAUGAUGGACGGAAGCGGCGGAAGAUUGAAUUCUGGCGAUGGCGGUAUGCGUUCCAUGGGAGGCCAGCAGCAGCAGCAACAACAACAGCAACGUGGACCAGGCGGACCAGGAGGCGUAAUGAGAGGCGGACAACACGGUACACGGGGUGGUCGCGGAGGAUUUUCACGGGGCGGCGAUGGUGGUAGGGGCGGUGGCGGCAUGCGACAACCGGGCAAUCCAAACAAUGCCGGUUAUCAGAAUCGUCGCUAAUACUGAUCACAGUAAACAGUCGCAACAACCUCCUAAUUUCCUCUCUAUUGAGUAAAAGUCAUACCAGUACCAUCAUGCAUCUACCAUCUUCAUUUCGAGAAAUGGAAUCCAAGACUAUUUCGUAUACCGCACGACUUUAUCACCGGCGCCACUCUCAUACGCUUAAAUGUCGCUUGCAACAAUGUUCGACAAGCAACAACAGCCGAUAUUAGAUGACAGCUCAAAAAAGGAGUCGUACGAAACACGAUCUCGAACAUCAGAAGACACGACUUCAUCGAAAUCUCAGACGAAGGUUACGUUUUUUUGUUUUUUUUUUUUUGCGUGAGACUUCGAUCUUAGUGGUAUGUGUUAUAAGUUUAAAGAGCCGAUGAUCAUCGAUUCGAGUUCGUCCUUCGUACAUCGACAAUCGGGCAAUUCCGCAGGACUUUGCGACGCCAAGCAUACAAAUGGAGCGCAAACGUAAACACGUGCAGCCGUGCGACAAGUCCAAAGGAAGCUUAAUGGAGAACGUUCUCGGAGUGUGGGAAAUUUAAAUAAACGAGAAGAGGCGACGGGACGUGAUCUGAAAUCGGGAAAUUGUGUCGGAACUCUCUUUUUGUGAGAUUUUAGAAUAUUGCGCGGCAUUUGUCAUUUUGCGCAUUUCCUUCUCACCGAAUUGCAAGACAAAACAACAGCAAAACAAAGUUUGCUACACGCACCAUGUAUCUACGAGGCGAUCAAAUGAGAUUGCAUCGGAAAAAAUGGCUACGGAGUGUUGCUGCGGUCUUGUACGCUUUCGAGUCGACUCGACAACCGUCAACGAAAUCGUCCCGUUGCCACAAGUGAAGAAAUUGUAUAGAUAACGCAGAACGAAUUCCAUUGUACGAAAAAUUCCGACUACACAAAAUCCUAAAGUUGUAUCCCGGUUGCAUGCGGCAAAAAAAGGAAAAAGAAAAGCUUAAUUACUUUUUUCCUACACGUUCUAUUUUCUAUUCUUGUUGCCGAUUAUCGAUCGACCGGUAUCGAUCGCAAAGAGGACAAUGCUUCUAGACUGCAGCAGCUGGUCUCGCCAUUUUUUCGCAAUGCUGGCCUCGUCUUGUUGCAGUCCAGAACUUUUUAUUCAAGCCUAUCUUUUUCCUGUCUCUCUCUUUUUCUUCCUCUCUUUUCCUGGUUUUCUUUUAGGAACAACUAUUUCUCUCAAUAUCUUUCUACGCUACGAUUCUAUUCCCUUUUAUAGAAUCUUUCUAUUCUAACAUCUACCUCCCUUUCCUUCAUAUAUAUAUAUAUAUAUAUAUACUUAUUAUUAUUACUUUUGUUUAGGUAAAAUUAGUAAGAAUCGCGCACGAGCAUGAUCUGACGUUGUAUCGCUAAAUUUUCGAUCGCGAGGUAGCAUUUCGGCCAGGGUCAAGUUUUCUAGUUUAUCGCAGAAUUGCGAUGUGCCGAACAUUGAACGAACUGCAAUCAGCAAAAAAUAUAUUUGACACAGCGAAGAAAAACUAUAUAUAGUUUACGCACAAUAGCUUUUUCUUAACUCAAUCAUUUAUUAAAAUCCUCUGCGAAUUCGUCAUCGAUAAUAAUUAGAAUAUAUCGUAUUCUGAGAAAGAUGCUAUUUGCACUAUUGCUAUAUACACUAAAUUAUUUAGAAUACGAAGCAAAGUGCGCGAGAUUUCUAGUCAGCAACAGUUUAUAUGCAGUAUGCAAAAGGAAUUCUGCGAUUAUUAGUGACUUGGCAUUGCGUCUAUUCUGGCCUAUUAGUCUCAUCCCACCUCCUACCUCUACGAAACUAUCGUAUGAUUUUUAAAGUCGAAAAUAUCGAGUAAUUGUGAGAAAAUCGAAGUGAUACAACAAUGUAUAUGUAAAAGAUCGACGCGUCGAAAGAUGAGGAAUAGAACAGCAAUCAAUAAUUAAAUUUAUGAUGUCGACAAAAAGCAUGUCGUAAGAGAAAGCGAGAAUUUGUGUAUAUGCGCAUGUGUGUGUGAGAGAAAGAGAGAGAGAAAGAAAAAAAAAGAAAGUUUGUCAGCUUGCAUUUCAUCGAGAUUAUCGUGGAAAUUUUUAACGUUGAUCAUGCACGAACGUGAUUCUACAACCGCAGUAGUUUGUAAUCGAAAAUAAAAAGAAAAUACGUUGCGAUAUUUCGUGUCUGGGAUAUGACAACCGCGUUUCUACAACUCCUCGGCGCGCCCGCUUGGGAUCCUAUCCUAAUCCGUUUAUUCUCAUACAGCGCAGAACUGUCGACAAAAAUCGGGAAAUAUGAAAUUUUCCGCGUUAUUAAACUAACUUAGGAAGAAUUUAGAUGGAUCAAAUCUUCAUUAUGUUUUAAAUCUAAUAAUAUCUAAACGUAACAUUUAAUAUCUAAAAUGGAAUAUACGUAGAUAUAGAUUUAAAAUUGAAACUCUACAUUUAACAAGGACAUAUGUCUGAGGGAAAGAUACUUGGCGGCAAUUUUUCUUUUUUUUUUUUUUUUGUUUUUGCUAAUUAUCGAAAAUAGUAACAUUGCCGCAAUGUUGCGACAAUGUUCUGUGCUGUAUGGGAUGUUGCAUUUUUUUUAAUAUGCAGUCUGUGAAUAAUAUUCAUCAUGUAGUUCGCGCGAUAUUGAUGUCUCCUCUAACAAAGCCCGAGACGGCGACGAUGACACGGCUGUUCUGAUCCAGACGCGAAAGAGAUAGAAGUUCCGCGUGGAUACGCUUCUGCAGUUUGCUAUUUUCAAUAAUAAGCGAACACAAAAAGAAAAAAAAGUAAUUGCUGCCAAGUAUUCUUCUCUCUUCUAUGCGUUUUUAUUGGAUAACACAUUUCAAUUUUAAACCUAUUUCUAUAUUUUGUUAUAGAUAUUAAACGCUAUAGAAAACAUAAUGAAAAUUAGAUCUAUCAAAUCCUUUCAAAGAUAUUUUAAUAAGGCAGAAACGUAUUUCCGGAAUUUUGUCAAUAGUUAUCACGUAAUUGGCACUUUAGUAUUGUUAUAAAAAAUAAGAAAAAUUUAUUAUUAAAUCUAAAACAAAAAUACAGGAUGUAAAGCACUUAUCACUUCUUUCUUCCUUGCGAGAAAAAAAAAUAUAUUGUGUGUGUUUUAUGUGAUUCUGAAAGAGGAUCUCGAAAUGCAGAGGAAUAAAAUUUUUCGCUUUUAUUUUUAAAGAUAUGAUAAAUGUUUAUCAUAUAUGAUUAGCAAUUCAUAUUACCUAUAUAGAAUUCUUACAAGAAUUAAAAUAUAGUAGCAUAACGUACAAAAAAUAUUAAUUUAAAUAAUACACCUUUUACAUAUUGUGUGUUUAUACAUCAAUUAUAAUUAGCUUUUAUUUCAAAUUUCAUUAAAAUGUGGAUUAAAAUAUUGAGAAUCAUCCUUUUUUCGAGAUCAUCCUAUUCCGUAUAUAGUCUAUACAUCUUCAAAAAUAAAACAAAUAAGAUAUUUAUAACAUUUACAUAUGACAUUUUCUUAAAAUCAUAUAAAAUAUACCAAAUGGAACACGUUGCUAUCGCACACGUUGUUACCUUGCUAUAAACUCGUUUAACAUUUUGACUGAAGUUACAUCCGUAAUUCCUUGGAGAUCAUGGAUAUUAGCGGAUAUAGUUUAGAUUAAGAAUCUUACUUUUCGCUUAUUCAUAUUAUGAGCGAUAAAUACAAAUGCAAAUUAAAACGGAAAAUAAUAUGAUAUAUGAUAUGCUUCCUGUGCCAAUUCCCAAGGAAAUACAAUUAACAUCAAAACAGUGUUAAAAGAAUAAAUUCGAAUGUGGCGUGCUGAUUAUUAAAUGCGGAACAUGUUUGAUUAAUGCAAAAUUUUUGCAAAAAAGUAAAUUACACUUUAUUGAACAAAUUAUAUAUUCGUCAAUUUAGACAAGAUCCACGUAUAAUACUGCAGUGGUAAAAUAUUUCCCCUUUACCGUAUGCGACAGAUAAUGCAGUAUACGCGCCAUUAGAAGGAAAAAGUUCAAACCAAACGCCAGUUGUUCUUUGACUUUGUAUACAUAUGUAGAGCAUAUUUAAAGGAAUAUUUGUAUGAAUGAGAAAAAAAAAUCUUCUCUAAUUCUAUAUAUCUUGUAUAUUAAAAGUCACUGGAAAUAGACGAUAUCUCCAGAAUCAUUUUUAUUCCAACUUAAGAGACCGGUUUAUAUAUAUAUAUAUAAUAUUUCAGCACAAUUGCGCAAUUGACGUAUUCAAAGAGAAAAAAAUAUGAGGGAGAGAGAGAGAGAGAGA